GCGUCUCUUUCUUUUACCCGAGCGGACGAACACUGAAAGCUUUGCUGAGAUCUUCUCACUUGAUCCUUUGAGAAAUCGCAACAAUGUCGGAAAAGGCCGUCACCAUCCGAACCAGGAAGUUCAUGACCAACAGGCUUCUCGCCAGGAAGCAGUUCGUUAUUGAUGUUCUCCACCCCGGAAGAGCCAAUGUUUCUAAGGCUGAGCUGAAGGAGAAGCUAGCAAGGAUGUACGAGGUCAAGGACCCAAAUGCUAUCUUUGUUUUCAAAUUCAGAACCCACUUUGGAGGUGGUAAAUCAUCCGGCUUUGGUUUGAUCUAUGACACUGUUGAGAGUGCCAAGAAAUUCGAACCCAAAUACAGACUUAUCAGGAAUGGACUUGACACCAAGAUUGAGAAAUCAAGGAAACAAAUUAAGGAAAGGAAGAACAGGUCUAAGAAAAUCCGUGGUGUCAAGAAGACAAAGGCCGGUGAUCCCAAGAAGAAGUGAGAUCAUCAAGACAGGAUCUUUAUCUUGUGGGUUCUGCACAAUCACCAUUUUAUGUUAUUUUGUCUGCUGUUAGAUGGUUUCUCCAACUAGACAUUUUCACUGAAAUCUCAGAUUUUCGUUUAUUCUGUUGCCGUCUUUGUUUUUGAGUUUAGUGAAACAUAUGAUCUAAGGUUUUGUUCAAUACAUCUAUUUAAACCUUUCUCGGCUGUGA